AUGCUGGCCCACUCCGCCCAUGUUAUGACGCUGGCCAACAGCAUUAUUGGCGUUGGUAUUCUGGCUAUGCCCUUCUGUUUCCAGAAGUGCGGCAUAAUACUGUCCAUUGUUCUGUUGAUCCUCAGCAACUGGAUCACUAGGGUGUGCUGUCACUAUCUGAUAAAAACUUCGCUUCUGACACGUAGAAAGAGCUUCGAGCUGCUGGGACUACAUGCUUUCGGGCUCUCUGGCAAGCUGCUGGUGGAGCUAUGCAUCAUCGGCUAUCUGAUCGGAACGUGCAUCACGUACUUUGUGGUCGUCGGUGACCUGGGGCCCCAAAUCAUCUCCCAGAUGUUCACCCUGAACGUGGGCGAACACCAGCACCUGCGCACUCUGGUUAUGAUUGUGGUGACGGUGGUCUGCAUCUUACCGCUGGGAAUGCUUCGCAACGUGGACAGCUUAUCCGCCGUGUGCACUGCCUCCAUUGGGUUCUAUGUGUGCCUGAUGCUGAAGAUAGUGCUGGAGGCCCAGGCGCACAUAUCGGCGAACGACUGGACGGAAAAGGUUCGCUACUGGGAGCCGGCGGGCGUUCUCCAGUGCCUGCCCAUAUUCAGCAUGGCGCUCUCCUGCCAAAUGCAGCUGUUCGAAGUCUUCGAGAGUAUCAACAACCAGAGCCUCGACAAGCUAAACGGAAUUGUGCGCAAUGCCACUUGGAUAUGUACCUUUGUUUACAUAGCCGUGGGUUUCUUCGGAUAUGUGGCCUUCUGUACACACACCUUUUCGGGCAAUAUUCUGGUGAACCUGUCCAACUCAUUCGGCAGCGACAUUAUAAAAAUUGGAUUUGUGCUGUCGAUUGCUUUCAGCUUUCCUCUGGUUAUCUUUCCCUGCCGGGCCAGUAUCUACUCCCUGCUGUACAGAAAAGGGCAUACAGAGAGUAGUAGUUACAUUCCGGAGCAGCGCUUCCGCCUGAUAACUAUCUUCAUAGUUACUUUUUCCCUAUGCGUGGCUCUAGUAAUUCCCUCGGUGGAGCUUAUCAUCGGACUGGUGGGCUCUACCAUUGGCGUGGCCAUUUGUAUUAUGUUUCCGGCCUCCAGUUUCCGGAAGAUCAUCAAGAAGGAGUCAAUGGAACGCACACUGGCGCAGUUUGUGUUUGUGAGCGGAUUUCUGUUGAUGAUCUUGGGCACUUUUGCCAAUCUAACUGCCAUCGAUGAGAAGAGCUCGGGCCCGGAGUUCGAGGUGGUUCAGUUAGUAACGCCUCUGUACCCCGAGGGAAAAGUACCUGGCAUUGUGGUGGACCUUCCCAAGCAUUUGGUCAAGGAACCUCCAGAAAAUGAGAAUAACCCGUUGCUGCAGAAACUGGAAGUGCAGAACCCAGAGCUUAUAAAGGACGUAGCCGUAGAGAAGAUGGUUGAGGUGCCAAAGGCAAGUCAAUCAAUUGCAUCCGAGAACCCACCGUUGCCCCCUCUACCCAUUGACGAAGUCCAUCCGGCUCCUAUAGAAAGUGAUAAUGCUCCUAGUGAGCCCAAAAAGCCAGUAGAAGAGCCACAGGAACCUGCACCAGACGCAAAACCCAAUGAUGUCAAUCUGCCGGCUGGGAAACCCAAGGCGAUUCCACCACCUGUUUUGCCAGCUCCUACCGAGGCGGCCAAAAAGGAAUCUAAUCUACUAGUGGCGAGUAAUACGAUUGAUGGGGCUGCCAUCAAGAAGGAGGAGGAGGUGGCAGCCGAGGAGCAGAAGGAGAGCAAGGCCAGCGCAGAUGAGCUCCUGAAGACGCAAAAAGAACUCAAGGAGACCAAGAAACUGCUGGCCAAGACCGUGGGAGAGCUAAACGAAGAGCUGGCCAAGAACAACGUACCCCUUGGUCAAGUUUUGGAGAAAAAGGAGGACCCAAAGAAGAAUCCCACCAACGAGCUUCUGGAAAAUGAAGCCAAAGCUGCGGACGUGGCGAAGGAACCUGUCGUAAAACUCAAAGAGUCACAACCUGUUGCUGGGGAGAAGGAAGAGCGCAGGCCCAGGGCUUCACUCAUCGACAUACUCACGGAAAAUACUCACCUGCGUGAAGAGAAGGAAGCCCAUGCCGGCGUCUUUGAGCCACUCUCCUACAAAACCGGAGAACUGCUCAAGAACUCAAGUGUGGACCUAAGUCUUAUUAAACGGCUUCCAAUCCCGCUGGCCUUAAUGGUGAACGCAACUCUGCCAAAGGCCAGCAACGAUUCGGAGGCGAAGAAACCCAAUCUUGAAGACAAUGUGGAGGCUAUUCGCAGGGAGCUUCUGAACCUACGAAGUGGACAGUCUGAAGACAUAACCGAGCAGCCGCUGGCGAGGAUUAAGCGAGAGGCCUCCAGCGAUAAGGAGAACUGCCUACGGGAGCCAAAGUUAAACGAAGUUAACAGCAAUGCGGCAGUGGCUGGCUUGGGUUUAAAUAUGGAGAGUAUAGGACGCGAUCUCAAGUCCAUCAAAGAUGACGAUGUCGAGACCACCACUGAACAUGUAUCCUCCGACUUCUCCUCCCAGGCGAGUCGAAACGAAACCCACAUCCCGCUGCCCACGUAACGUUAUGGAAAGCUUUAUGUACAUAAACCGUAGAAGUAAUUAGACUAGCUUAGGAGAUUAGGAGAUCGUUUACAAAAAUAUACAAAAUAUAUAUUGAUUUAGUUGA